CAGUCUGAAUUCGAAAGGAAGUCCGUUACUUAGUCUAAAACCCUAAAAAAAACUCGGCAUUUGCAAACCCUCCCUCUCCUUUCCACUCUCUCUCCAUUCGGACCAGAACACUAGGGGUUUGCGCGCGUAGCUGUUCUUGACCUGUUUGAAAAUCAUCUAAUCUAAAUCACCUCCGGAGCUUUUCAAUCCUUUUUUUUUUAAUUUCUCCUGAAUUAUUGUAAAUUUCGACAUGGAUGUAGUCGCCGUGGAGUCUUUUAGCGGUGGGAAAUCGCCGGAUUUCGGUCCUCUAAUCGGCCAUAAUUAUGAAAUAAUGUUAAAAGAGUCGGUAGAUCGGUUCUUAGAUGAAUGUCGGAAAGGCAUUUCUGAUGUUUCUGGUUUUGGUUCGGUUUUCUUUCGACUACUGCAAGCUAGGGUUGAUCCUCCUAUCGAAGUUAUCUGGUUCUACUCCGCGGUUAGCUUUCGUGGUGGUAAUCUAGACGGACUAGACCCUCUAAGUCGGGUUUUAAUGGUGAAGGACCUGUUUCAGCUGCUUACCGCUUGUUCGGCUUCGUGUAAUGGUUUGAAGAGUGUUGCCGUACUAGCUCCAGUCCUGUUUGAGUUGCACCAAGUAAUCGUUGGUUCCUCUGAGAAAAAGCAGUCGUUGAAGACCGAGAAGAAACUCACGAGGGAGAUUGAUUGUCUGAUCGAAGGAAUUGUUGGCUAUAUCAGCAUAUGCUGUAGUAAGGAUUCAGAUGAAGAAGAUGCUUCGGUUAGUCUGCUUCCUUGUUUUACAGACUUGAUUCGUGUUUGGAUGACUGACCAACCGGAGGGGAACCGUGAUUCGCGGGAGAUUUUGAGGCUGUUUUUCCCGCUAUCCAGUCAAGAGAUUCGCCAAGAGCUUGGUGAUGGAGGAUGUAUGGUCGGUAACCUCGCUGGAGUUGUUAUCGCAGAGGCUUUCUUACUGAGAUUGUCAUUGAAAUUUCGUACUGGAAUUUCAAGAGCUGAGUUGCAGAACGAGUUGAAGUCUUGGGCAGUCGGUUCGGUUACUGGGUUUCGUAACUGUUACUUCUUUGAGACCCUUGUCAGGAUGCUGCUAGAGCGAACUUUGCCUGUCACCUCUAUUUUGGGUACCGAAGAUGAAUCUUUUCUGCGGAGAGUCCUUUAUGAUGUUGUAGUACUGGUGGAGUAUUCUUUCCUCAAUACUGAUAGUGGGAUCCAUCUCCCUGCUUUCCGUAUGAAAACUCUUGCUGUUGCAAGGUUGCUUGUUGCCAAUGAGGCCAUUCAGGGUGCCAGGGAAAAUGGAGAUCAUGCCAAAGCAAUUUCUUAUAUAAAUGCCUAUACUAGAUCUCGUCUGCCUUCUGAAUUGGUUAAAUGUGUCAGUGGUCAAGUUGGCAUUGAUGAAAAAAAGAGUGGAUCUGAUUUUUCUACACCUCAAACUCUUAUCAAGUGGCUACUAAAGCUUGAUGAUCAAGGGGCUAAAGUAUUUGAUCAUUACAUCUCAAAAAUGCAUAUGAAGUUGAGGCUUGAAAUAUCAAAAGUGGAAAAUGAAGCUCUGCUGUGGAAUCCAGGCAGUGAUAAGGUGGAAGAUGAUCUCUUCUUUUACAUUGAUAGCAAGGGAGAAAAAAAGGGAGAAGAUGAAGAAAAGGCGGGGGGUGAUCAAGAGAUGAUCGAGUCCAUGGAUGCUUCAUUGUUGGCUGCUGCUCACACAAUGAAGUUCACUGAAAAUGAUAGGAGGAGAAAACGCAAAGAAGGCAGGCAAACUGAAGGUGAGACAAGGGUUAAGUUUGUCAAGUACCACCUUCAUGAUGAUUCUAUCAGAGAGAAGCCUUCACCUUUUACUGAUUAUGAUAGUCCAAGUAGUGCAAGUGAAGUGGAAGAUCCACAAUCAGAUGAAGAUGUUGAAAUGGAAGAAUAGAGUUCUAGUGAAGCAGAAAGAUGUGAUGGGGAAAUUGCAGAACUUCAGUAAGCAUGUCAUGGACAACUAUCUGCUGGUGGUUGGCUUAGAAAACUAUCAGGUUCUGACUGAUCCUUUUUGUCUGAACACCACCAAAUGUUGUAGCAAGUAGCAAAGAACCAGUUCUAGUUGGACAGAUCACAGAUGAAGUUUCAAGAGUAAGUGGCCAGAGUGGAGCCAAUGGAAGGUUCUGCUGCUGCUAGCCUUUUGCCAAAUUUUCUAAUUGCAAGGCCAGUUUGCAAAAUCUGUCAAUUAGUCUGAUUUUAUAGUCUUUUCUGAUGUGGUUGUUGUCUGAUCAAGUACACCAACCAAAGAAGAGGCAUCUUGCUAAAAUUUUCUUCUCUUUUCAUUUCUUUAUGUAAAAGAGAUUUUAAAUUUCAUGUUGUAGGGCAAAAUGAGCAGGUCCUAUUUGAUAUAUUCAAUACCGUACCUCUCUUUGUAGCCGAGACUAAUCAAUACUCUGUUUUUUUUGUUAAUUCUUCAGUCAAUAACCCACCCUGGUUCUUCUUGUA